GAGCACCACUUGGUCUAGUCUUGGAUCCAAUCUCCGAGUAUAUCAUCAGCCCUAGGAAUAACUCCCUGGCGCAGAAGACUUGCGAACGACCUUUUCCAGCAUUCAGAGGCUACCUCUGCAGAAACACACAAACGACGCAAUGGAAAAGAACUCAGCGAACAACAUCAAAUACCUGCCUACCGUUGAGGCCUAUAAUCAAUGGGCCAAAAUCUACGACACAGAUGGGAACUUUCUGCAAGCCAUCGACGACAUUGAAAUGACGCGAUUGUUGCCUCAUCUAGUCUCGUCAAUAAACGAGGUAAACAAGUCUAAGCCUUGGCGACUCGUUGACCUGGGAUGCGGCACUGGCCGCAACACCGCCCUCUUGCUUGGUCUCGAAGACGUUCAGGUUGUCGCACUUGACGCCAGCCCCGGAAUGCUUGAAAUCGCCAAAGUACGUCUCGAGAAACUCCACGGGAGUAACGCUACGGACCAAAAGAAGCUGGCAACUCUUACCCUCAAGGUGUUCGACCUCAUCAACUCGCCUACAACCCCCGAAGAGGCCGACAAUGCAGAUGGGAUCAUCAGCACGCUGGUGGUCGAGCACAUACCAUUGCCGGACUUCUUCCGCCACGUUUCACAGAUGCUCAAGCCGGGCGGCGUGCUGCUUCUCACCAACAUGCACUCCGACAUGGGUGCCAUCAGCCAAGCGGGGUUCGUGGACGAGACGACUGGGGAAAAAGUCAGGCCAACGAGCUAUGCGCACACGAUGGAGAGCGUUCUGGACGAGGCAGCCAAAUGGGGACUUGAACCGAUCGGAGGACCUGACUGCUUGCAGGAGCGAAUAGUCACAGAGGAAAUGGUCAAGGGAUUAGCUCGGGGACUAUGGUGGAUCUCAAUCGCGGUCGCGUCAUACUACGUUUGA